GCAAGAUGGCGGGGGGAGAGGCUGGAGUGACUCUGGGGCAGCCGCACCUUUCUCGGCAGGAUCUCGCCACCUUGGAUGUUACCAAGUUGAAGCCACUAUCACAUGAAGUUAUCAGCAGACAAGCCACAAUUAAUAUAGGUACAAUUGGUCAUGUAGCUCAUGGGAAGUCCACAUUUGUAAAAGCCAUUUCUGGAGUUCACACUGUCAGGUUCAAAAAUGAACUAGAAAGAAACAUUACAAUCAAGCUUGGAUAUGCUAAUGCUAAGAUUUAUAAACUGGAUGACCCAAGUUGUCCUCGGCCAGAAUGUUAUAGGUCAUGUGGAAGUGGCACACCGGAUGAAUUCCAUACAGAUAUUCCAGGGACCAAAGGGAACUUCAAAUUAGUCAGACAUGUUUCCUUUGUUGACUUUCCUGGCCAUGAUAUUUUGAUGGCUACUAUGCUGAAUGGUGCAGCAGUGAUGGAUGCAGCUCUUCUUUUGAUAGCUGGUAAUGAAUCUUGUCCCCAGCCUCAGACUUCUGAACACCUAGCUGCUAUAGAAAUCAUGAAACUGAAGCAUAUUUUGAUUCUACAGAAUAAAAUUGAUUUGGUAAAAGAAAGUCAGGCUAAAGAACAGUAUGAACAAAUCCUUGCAUUUGUACAAGGUACAGUAGCAGAAGGAGCUCCCAUUAUUCCAAUUUCUGCUCAGCUGAAAUACAAUAUUGAAGUCGUUUGUGAGUACAUAGUAAAGAAAAUGCCAGUACCCCCAAGAGACUUUACUUCAGAACCCCGACUUAUUGUUAUUAGGUCAUUUGAUGUCAACAAGCCUGGUUGUGAAGUUGAUGACCUUAAGGGAGGUGUUGCUGGUGGAAGUAUUCUGAAAGGAGUAUUAAAGGUGGGCCAGGAGAUAGAAGUCAGACCUGGUAUUGUUUCCAAAGACAGUGAAGGAAAACUCAUGUGUAAACCAAUCUUUUCCAAAAUUGUAUCACUUUUUGCCGAACAUAAUGAUCUUCAGUAUGCUGCUCCAGGGGGUCUUAUUGGAGUUGGAACAAAAAUCGACCCCACUUUGUGCCGUGCUGACAGCAUGGUGGGGCAGGUACUUGGUGCUGUUGGAGCUUUACCUGAGAUUUUCACAGAAUUGGAAAUUUCCUAUUUCCUGCUUAGACGACUUCUAGGUGUACACACUGAAGGAGACAAGAAAGCAGCAAAGGUCCAAAAACUGUCUAAGAAUGAAGUGCUCAUGGUGAACAUAGGAUCACUGUCAACAGGAGGGAGAGUUAGUGCUGUCAAGGCUAAUUUGGGCAAAAUUGUUUUGACUAAUCCUGUGUGCACAGAAGUAGGAGAAAAGAUUGCCCUUAGUCGAAGAGUUGAGAAACACUGGCGUUUAAUUGGUUGGGGUCAAAUAAGAAGACGAGUGACAAUCAAGCUAACCGUAGAUGAUGACUAAAGAAUCCCAGUUAAAUAAUGCAUUUGGAUGGAGCUGGAAUUUCUCUUAACAAACUAGGGGUAUAUUUUCAGAGCAAUACUAUGGAAUUAAUUUCACAGCUCAUUACCUUAGUAGGU